AUGUCGUCACCUUAUAUCAACAAUCAACAGCAACACCACCAUGAUGCUGGUGCCAACGUUGGAGUUGGGUCGACCACCACCACCACCACCACAUCAGCUUCCUCUGCUCCUUCCAACAACAACAUUUUGAUUAACAAUAAUAGUAAUAAUAGUAAUAGUAAUAAUAGUAAUAAUAAUAAUAAUCUACAAGGACUAUCAACAUCUGGAAGUUAUAAAGCACUACAUCAACAACAACAACAAUUGUUUUCAACACACCCAUCACUCCUACAACAGCCACCCUCAUAUAUGAUCGAAACAUCCGCCAUCCCUUUUCCCAGUCACAAGAGCCUCAAUCUACUUAACCUUAGCGGCGGCACUACUACUUCCAACAACAACUCGAGCAACCAAUCCAACAACACGACGAAUACCAGCGGUUCUGGAUUAUUCCACCAAUUGCAACUUUCCAACUCGACCUUUGGCACAAACAACAAUUCAAGUUCCAACAUUCCAUUUGUGUUGACUUCGUACGGCAUCAAUUCGAGUUCUUCCCACUCUAAUCACCACCACCAUCACGCCAACAACAGCGGUGCUUCCAACUCGACCAAUAAUAUGAAUGUGCAACAGAUGAUCAACUCUGCUGCCGGCGGCGGCGGCGGUGGACCAUCCUCUUCCUCAUCGUCCUCCAACUCGGGUAACAACCCCUCGAUAUACGAGGAUGUCCCCAACACAUUGUCCUACUCUUACGACAACAUCUUUAAUCUCAACAAUCUUUUUUCAGAACCAUCAAAGUCAAUUGGUGAAGGUCUAAACAUCCUCACCAACAGUGGUAACAAUGCCAUACAAAAUCUAAUUAAUCAAAAUAACAAUCAAAAUAAUUCAUCAUCAUCCAAUUCAAUUCCAGAAACUAUAGGCAAUCAACAAAAUAAUAAUAAUGUAAAUAAUAAUAGUAAUAAUAAUAAUAAUAAUAAUGGUAACGGUAAUCCAUUAUUAAUGAUAACACCAUCAAGUGAUAUUUCAUCACCAUCACCACCCAAUUCAUCAAUUCUCACAAGUCAUAUAUCGUCAUCGUCACCCAAUCAACCAUCACCACUUCCAUCGCCAUCAUCAUCGUCAUAUCAACACCGACCGCAACAACAACAACAACAACAAUACUAUCAACAACCACAACAACAAUCACAACAUCCAUUGUCACCAUCAACUUCAUCUAGUAGUCCACUUGAUUUUUCCAUGCCAACCUAUCCAUCAACCCAAAGCAUUCCACAAAAUCCAAACACAGUGGUCAAUGUAACCAAAAAAUUGAAAAGAGAAUUUGAUCAAACUCUUCCAAAAGAUGAAUGGGAACAAUAUUUCCCAAAUGGUAAAAUUUAUUCUUUAUUUAAUUCAAAAAAUGAUUUAACUGGAAGUUUUGGAUUUAAAGUAAAAAGAAUUGAUAAGAAUAUAACUUAUUCAGAUUUGGAUUCUGCAUGGAUUUUAUAUAGACAAAAUAGAUUCCAGAUAGAGACAGAGUUGACUGGUAGUUUGGAGAAUCAUAACUCUGAUCCCACCAAUCCAUUGUUUAUCAAUAACAGUGGUGCUCCCCUCAAGGUUGAAGCACUGCAUUUCACACUCAGUAGCUCUGGAGGAGGAGGGAGUAAUGGCCAAUCGCCAACCUCUUCAACCACCAAUUUAUUUCAACAACAACAAUCAAACAACCAACAACAACAACAACAACAACAAUUUGCUCAACCCUUUUCCCAUCCAAUCAAUAAUUUAGCAUCGGGUGCCAGUGCCAGUGCAAGUGGUACUUCAACUAGUACUACUUCAACCUCGUCUACAUCUACAUUGAAGUCAUCCACUUCAUCCAUGUCAUCGUCAUCUUCAAACUCUUCAUUGACCAAUGAAACUGAACCAUUAAAUACAACUUGGUUGGGAAACAACAAUAAUAACAAUUCAACUAGUACCACAAAUAAUGGCAAUACAUCUACAAAUCAUAUAUUAAGUAGUAACCCAUAUUUUGGUAACAACUCAUCAUCUACCACUUCAACUUUAACCACUUCAACCACAUCUACAGCAGCAACUACUACAUCGGUAUCUGACAACCAAUCUGGAAAUAUAUUUCAGUUUCUCUCCAGUACCCAACAUAAUCAGUUACAACAACAAGUCCAACAACAACAACAAGGACAACAACAACAACAAACAAGCAACAAUUUUGUAACCAUAAAUCAUUCACAAAUUCAACAAGCAGGCAAUCCAUUUUCCAAUUUUCCAUCAAAUAUAUUACCCCUUCAACAACAACAACAACAAACCGAUGUACAAAAUAAUAAUAAUAACACUAAUACCUCUUCCUCUUCCUCCUCACAAUGGUUACGUAACCCAUUAUCCGAUGAUAUUGUAUAUACAAAUGGAAAGGUUGGUAUUAAUACCAACUCACCAACUCAAGCACUCACUGUAAAUGGUAAUAUUUUGGUCACUGGUGAUCUCUACAAACCAUCGGAUCGUCGUAUAAAGUCCAAUAUUGUCCGUGACUCUUCAAACCAUUGGGACAAGAUUGAUCGUCUCAAGAUUUACAACUAUGACCGUAAGAAAAUGCCAGGUUACGACAACCUCGCUGCAUCUGCCACCUCCUCGGCCACAAUGGUCAAGGAGAAGGGGUUUCUGGCACAGGAACUAAGAGAAGUUAUCCCAAAUGCCGUCUCUGUUGCCGGUGAAGUUCGUCUACAAGAUGGAUCAACCAUUCCAAACCUUUUGGUCGUCAAUGAUCGUGUACUACUCUUGGAAAAUAUUGGUGCAACUCAACAAAUUGGUAGAACUCUUAGACGUGAACAUGAUCAUAUCAUUGAAAUGGAUAAAGAAAUUAAUAGAGUUAAACUUGAGGGAAAUAGACAACAACAUGUAGUAUUAAACAAAAUGCAAGAUUUGGUAACAUUUAUGUUAUCUGAAGAACAAAGUAAACAACAUAAUAGUGAUCAUGGAGAUUCAUGUGUUUAUUGUAGUUUGAUGGGUCUUGGACCUGCAUGGACCAUGUUUGUCUUUGGGUUCUUUGUUCCGCUGUUUUGGUUGUUUGGCUCGUUCUUUUUGUUCUCGCCAUCACGUGUCAAGUGGGUGAGUGGAUUGGUUAAUUUCAUCACUCUGGUCAUCUUUGUCAUUGCCACUGUCCUUUUGGUGUUUUACCAACCCAACAUUGCAGCUGCCAUUAUCAUGCCUUCGAUCAUUGUCUUUGGUAUUGUCCUCUGUAUCGUCAUUGGAUUCUUUAGACAACGUACUUGGGAGUCCAAGAAACGUUUCCUUCGCGAACGUAUGAAAUUGAUGCAAAAGGAUGGCUACCGUCAAUUAAACGAUCAUAUUGACCAAUUCCGUAACCAAUACUCAAACGGCACUGUCAACUCCAACUCUCACUCCAACUCUCACUCGCCAACCUCCACCGCGAGAAAGAAUGCCAAGAAGCAGUCGAUCGACAUUACACCUAUAUCCGAGAUGCAGAUCAAUCACGUGGACGACCAUGACUCUGUCUCGGGUACCGACACUAUGAGUUCAUCGACAUCGUCUGUUUUCACAUCCGAAGUUGACAGCUUCAAGUCCAUCUCUCUAUCUAAUCAUCUCAAGCUCCAAGAAAUCCCCCUUCAAAAACUUGUCAUGGAUUAUGGUAAGAAAAAGAAACAACAACAACAAAAACAACAACAACAGUUGGUCAAUAGCAGCAACAAGUCAAUGGGUGCAAAGAGCAAGUCUGCCAGUGAAAUUGCCUCGGAAAUUAUGAAUGCCACUGGUCGCAACCCAAAUCUUCCUAGAUCCCAAUCAAGUACCGUUACCACAACCAGUACUACUACAACUACUACUAGUACCUUUCCUCAAGAAGUAUAA